ACGACAGCUCACAAUGCAUCCGUGGGCUGCAGCCGCGUCGUGGCUGCUUUUUCUGGCAGCCAAUGGCACCACGAAGCUCGACUGUUUCUGCACGCACGUCGCCGACGUCUAUUACCAGGGCGGUGGUCUACGCUUUCAGAAUGAUGGCGAAGAAAACUUAUGGUUGACCUACUGUGUAUAUCCGAGAGCUUACAAGCUGGAUGCGACGUGCGAGAACCUGGAGCGGCUGUCGGCGGCGGCGCCGGCCGUGGCGCGCCUGCUGCAGCUGCAGAGCCCCGCGGAGGAGAGGGAGAGGGGCUGCGCCGGCGCUCUGGAGCAGGUCCGCGAGUUCUCUGAGAGAGCGGCCGACGAGUUCUCCGUCCAGCAGUGGUGCCUCAUCGCAGACCACCUGGCCGGCUCCUGCUCUGUGCUGGGGUUGGACGAUACGGAUUGGAACGAAGAAACACUAGCAACGGAUCACCUGAGACGCCCUGUUCUCUCGCAGUUACUGCGCGCUCUUCGCCAAAUCAUGAAAGCUGUAAGUGCCAGGAGAGGAUGUGCCGACCAGCACGACUGGAAUUUUCGUCAGCAGCACCUGAACAAAAGUGAAUUCGAGGCUGAUUACUCGGUCUACCUGGAGCACCUGGCAAACUACACGCAGGACAUUGCGCACCUGAUCUCACUUGGUGUGGCGCAUACCUCACAAGUGUUCGUUCCCCUCGCAUUCGAACACAUGGGUAUUCACCCAAAUGAUCAGCGACUCCAUGGAUGGAUCAAGGACGUGCGACGCGUGAGAGACAUGCUACACACGAAGUUAAGAGGUUGGGUACACGAUAUGCAAUCCGUCAGCGAGCAGAUGAUGAACUACAAGAUAGAAGAAGACAAGAACAGUUCUGGGAUCUAUCUAAUAAGGCGGCCGCUGUUGAAUCAUCGGCUACUGGCAUAUCAAACGCAGUUCCUGUCCUUUCAUGACGACUUUAGCGCGCUAUGCGAGGAGCAACAUCCAAAGGCAUCAGAGAUGUUCGGUCUCGCCAACGCACUGUACUCCCUCUAUCGUAACAGCUGGAUUGAAACGGCACGAAUCUUUAACGAAAACAAUUCAUCUUAUUUCUACAUUGUAGACGAGGAGUGGCAGCUGAAGGACAGAAGCAACGCUACGCUUUCCGUGGACACUGGCUGCCUGCAGUUGUUGGCCGACGCCCUGGACCACCCCACGUGUCCGCUGGAAGACCUGCCACCGGAGACGAUCGAGCAGCGCGAGCAGUGCCGCGUCCAGCUGUGGGAUGACAUGGUGCAGAGGCUACCCCACAUACCCGUCACCAGCUACCUGGCCUACACGCAGAGGGCGAGCGUCAAUCUUUGCCUGUUGGCCUGGAUGAGUGUCAACUCGUUCAGCGUUUGUCAGGACGUCUCCUUUAGUAUGAUACAGUCUGUGGAUGAUGCUCGGUGCUUCUUCGGUAGUCCUGACCACAAAUCCUGUCCGGAAUUGAACGUUACAUAUGCCAUCUGCUCUGUUUCCAGAGCUAUUCUGUUAUUGAAGUGUCGCGAUUUUUCCUUCCAUAAGCAAGUCGAGGUAUGUGGUGUCAGUUUACGCCCAGAUGGGUUACAUUCAGGUAAGAUGGGAGGAUCGUCGAUCACUCCCUUGAAAGGGUAUGUAAAGCCAACUGAAAGAGCACUGACCUACAAAGCCAGAUUAAGCAAUGCUACCUUGAAAUACAAGGAUUUUAGAAUCGAUCGCUUAAAACCUUUAGAAAUUUCAUUUAUAGCUCUAAAUAUUCUUUUCCGUUCUCUCACUGCUGGGGUAUACAUGUACCUUCCCCAGCUACGCAAUUUGCCUGGAAAGAUAUUCUUGUCCUUCCAGAUCACAGGUAUAAUCCAGGUCUUGGGUUCUGAGGUCGUGUAUCGUAUGUCAGGUGUCCCCAACUUAUCUACAGCGGUGCAGAUUGAUAGUGCCCUCACACUUCUCAGCUGUAUGUGGCUAAACUCAUUCUGCUACCAAAUGUACGCAUGCAUUCGCCAUCUCAGGCUUCCUAAUGAUCUUCUACCUGCUGAAGCAAGCAAGAUAUUCCGUCGUCAGGCGCUGUAUGCACUAGCACCGUGGAGCAUACUAUGUGCGGCAAGUAUUUCUUUGGAAAAUACGAGCAAGUAUUACCUGAUCCACAGUCGGAUACUAUUCCUCGUAGGGAUUUCAGUCUCGAUAACUCUCAAUUUGGUUCUCCUCGGAUUGGUGGGAUACAUGUACCUACGUAAUCGGAACGCCAUGCGGCGACUCAAAAUUUCUAGUAAAGACAAAUUUGGCUCAAAGAAACAAAUUGUUUUCCUGUCAGUUAAGACAGUCUUCUUAAGUGGCAUAGGUAUAAUCGUUAGAAUUGGUUUCCACCAAGUGCAAGGUAUUGCACAGUUCGUGUACUACGUUCAUAUAGCUACGAUGGCUCAGGGACCUCUGCUAUUCGUUUUUUUCAUUUGUAACGAAUCAACACUCCCUUUGCUGAAGACGACCUUGCUAGUAUGGUGGAAACCAGAUACUGUCUGUCCGAGGCAAGAGUUGUGUUCGGCAGCUGAGAGAAAUCUGGAAAGGAGAGCCGCUGUUCACUGUACAUUUGCAGAAUCCUCGUUGUCAUGUCCUUGAGUGUUAUUCUCAGAACACUGUUUCCAUUGUAGACCGUACAGUUUCUGUUAGUUAUAAAGAUAGAAUCUACCUUACGAGACAAAAUUAGCUGUGACUGAUAUGUUAAAACAGUGACUCACUUUUGAAAUCUGUUCAUCAUUUUCAACCACGUGGUUAUUUCUACAAGGUAGCCUAACUACGUAUAGUAAAGGACACUAAUAAUUAAUUACAGGUGUGAAAUGUAGCUUGAAGUGAACGCAAAUUUUAAGCAACGGUGCUACACAAGAUUGGAGUAAAGGCAUUUUUGAGAUGGGGUGUUGAGCGACUGACGAGUAAAGGUACCAUAGAAGACGUUACAAAUGAAUGUAUUUCCUGUGUGCUAGCUUUAUACAAGGAUGAACGUUAUUUAGAAGAGAAUGUAUACAAACAAUACUGACGAAGGAAAAGCAUGUGCCUGUGCUCAACUAAAAGAGGACUUCUUUUUCCAGGAGUUAAACUGUAUGUGUACAGUAUGUACAGUUUAGUGAGAUUUGUAGUCAGUAAACGAUGGUCCAUUUGUUCAAAUACAAACUGACUGACUGACCUACGCAGAUGAAACAGGUGUCUAUGUAUAUCUGA